AUGGAUCCAAAAUUGAAGGUAGCCAUUUUGAUCGUUUCGGACACCGCUUCGAAGGACCCCGCUUCCGACAAAGUAGCGGGGGCUCUUGCGCCCAUCCUCGCCCAAGAAGGGAAGUGGGAACCCCCCGCAAUCAAGAUCGUGCCGGACAAUGUGUUCCAGAUCCAACAGGCUGUCUGCGACUGGGCUGAUGGAGAUGAUUGGUAUAAUCUCAUCUUGCUCAGCGGUGGGACAGGCUUUGCAGUCAAGGAUAACACACCCGAGGCUGUGACCCCCCUGAUCCAUCGUCAUGCUCCAGGCCUAGUCCAUGGUAUGAUCGCCGCUUCGUUGAAAGUAACGCUAUUUGCGAUGAUGGCUAGACCAGUUGCUGGUGUACGCGACAAAUCAUUGAUUAUUACUUUACCUGGAUCACCAAAGGGAGCCAUGGAGAACCUUGAAGCUGUUGUAAAACUCCUGCCUCAUGCUUGCCUACAGAGCGCUGGGGCCAACUCUCGCAGUCUACAUGCUGGAGGCAUGAAGAAGUUAGAGAGUGAUGCGGGCGUUUCUUCAAGCCACCAUCACCACCAUCACCACCAUCACCAUCACCAUGCUCAUGGUCACGGCCAUGGACAUGCUGUUCCCAAGGCCCAUACCUCCCCAGCAGACCGACCUCAAUCUAAUGACCCAUCCGCGGGACCUAACCAACGUUACCGUUCAUCACCCUACCCAAUGCUAUCUGUGGAGGAAGCACUUCGCACAAUAAGCGAACAAACCCCUGCCCCGAUAGUUAUUGAUGCCCCAGUGAACACAUCCAUUGUGGGAUCGGUCGUUGCCGAAGAUGUCUACGCUGCUGAGAUGGUUCCGGCCUACCACGCCAGCAUCGUCGAUGGCUACGCAAUUAUUGCACCUGAAUCCACCGACGCCGGAGCUACGACUAGGGGCGUGUUCCCCGUAGCAUCCAUCACCCACGCGUCUGCUGGAGGCGUCCUAGAGCCCCUCCAGCCUGGAACCAUUGCUAGAAUCACCACGGGAGCUCCUCUCCCUCCGAAUGCCAACGCUGUAGUCAUGGUCGAAGACACCGUGCUGGCUUCAUCUACCCCAGAUGGCAAAGAAGAGGCCACUGUCGAAAUCCUUCCCCAUGAUAUCCAACCGGGUGAGAACGUUCGUGAACCAGGUAGCGACGUGACUCUUGGCUCUAAGAUCCUGGCCCGCGGAGACCUUAUCUCCCCAGCUGGAGGUGAGAUCGGCCUGCUCGCUGCCACAGGCGCGAGGACCGUCAAAGUAUUCAAAAAGCCCCGUGUGGGAGUUCUGAGCACAGGCGACGAGCUUGUGGAGCACGACGACCCUCGCAAGCUUGUCGGCGGCCAGAUCCGCGACUCAAAUCGUCCUUCUCUUCUCUCCUGCCUCUCAUCAUGGGGAUUCGAGACCGUGGACUUGGGUAUCGCCCGCGACACCCCCUCCAGCGAGCUGGAGCAUGCCCUCCGCGACUCGCUCCGCGGGGUAGGCCGGGCCUCCGCAAGCGUGGAUGUGAUCGUCACAACAGGAGGCGUCUCAAUGGGCGAGCUAGACCUCCUCAAACCAACCAUUGAGCGCUCCCUGGGCGGUACCAUUCACUUCGGCCGAGUGUCCAUGAAACCCGGCAAACCAACCACUUUCGCAACAGUACCCUUCAAAGAAACCGCUUCUGAUGCCUCUGCCUCUGGCCAGCAAGAGCGCAAAUCAAAACUCAUCUUCUCUCUUCCCGGAAACCCUGCUUCUGCCCUGGUUACUCUAAACCUAUUCGUCUUGCCUUCACUGCACAAGCUCUCCGGCCUUGGAGAGAGCUCUCAGUCCAUCGCUAUGAAGCCUUGGAUGGCGCCGCAGCUUGGUCUGCCGCGUGUGGCUGUUGUGCUGACACACCAUUUCCCUCUUGAUCCUAAGCGUACAGAAUACCACCGGGCUGUUGUUACGGGUUCACGCUCUGACGGUCGCUUGUAUGCUACCAGUACCGGUGUCGAGGGCGUUGGACAGCGCAGUUCGCGAGUGGGCAGCAUCGCCCGCGCGAAUGCACUUGUUGUCCUACGUCCUGGUCGUGGUGUCGGGAUCAAGGGUGAGAUUGUGGAAGCGCUGAUGAUGGGCCCUGUCUAUGGAUCUGACACCCGAAUCAUUUGUUAA